GAUAGAUUUACUACCGAGCACCAAGACUACCAACUAACACAGACACAAUCUUUCCAAAGAAUUUGGAAAUUUCAACCAAUGAGUAAUGAGUAUAUAUGAAUUGGCUAGGAAAUUUCAAAAUUGGAAAGUUCUAGCACCCCCCUUUUAUGACUUGUAGAAGUUAUCCCACCUAAAGUCUAAAGUCUAAAGUCUAGUCUCCCUCCUUUUGCGUGUCUGUGUGUGUCACUGUGUGUGCAUAUAGUUAUAUACAACAGUAACGAUCUCUACGUAAUUUCAUACUUGUAUGAUCAAAAGAAUCAAACUUCUGUAGCAUAUAUAGUUGUUGAAUAUUGAAGUUUGCUGUCGAUAACUUGGAUUUUGGGGACGAAGAUGUCGACUCUGAGUGUUACUGCAACACCGGGUUCUCCUCGUGAUGAUGUUGUUAAACUUUACAAGGCCUUCAAAGGGUUUGGGUGCGAUACAUCAGCCGUGAUCAAUAUCCUUGCUCAUCGUGAUGCUUCACAGCGCGCACUUAUCCGACAGGAGUAUGAACCUUUGUACUCUGAGGACCUUCUCCAUCGGUUGGCAAAGGAGCUCAGUGGUAAACUAGAGACUGCUGUUUUACUCUGGAUGGAUGAUCCAGCAACGCGUGAUGCUGUUGUUGUGAGGGAGUGUUUGCUUGCAGAUGAUCUAAGAGGUACAACUGAAGUGCUAUGUUCUCGUACACCCUCCCAGAUACAGACCUUAAAGCAGAUCUACCAUUCAAAGUUUGGAAUCCAUCUGUUACAUGAUCUAGAAUAUAAUUCUUCCACAGAUCACCAGAAGCUUUUGGUAGCAUUAGUAGGCGCACAGCGUUAUGAAGGUUUUGAAGUUGAUAAAAACCUUGCUGAUAAUGAUGCAAAGGCACUCUAUAAAGCUGGUGAGAAGAAACUGGGAACUAAUGAGGAUAUGUUCAUUAAAAUUUUUAGUCAGAGAAGCAGGGCACAAUUAGCUGCUAUAGAUUCAGCUUACCAUAGCAUGUAUGGACACUCUCUUGAAAAGGCGAUAAAGAAAGAAACAUCAGGGAACUUUGCAUAUGCUCUUUUGACACUUCUAAGAUGUGCAGAUAACCCAGCAAAAUACUUUGCUAAGGUAUUAAGAAAAGCAAUGAAGGGUUUGGGAACGGAUGACACAACACUGAUCAGGGUAAUUGUGACAAGGGUGGAGAUUGAUAUGCAGUACAUCAAAGCCGAAUAUGAGAAGAAGUAUAAGAAGUCAUUGGUUGAUGCAGUUCACUCGGAAACUUCUGGAGAUUACAGAAAGUUUCUUCUUGCUCUUCUGGGUCCAAAGCAUUGAGGAUUUGUGUCAGAAUUUCAAGCUUAAUGAGUAACAAUAAGCAACCCUAGUUGCCUCAGUUUUGGUAUUCAGUUUCAAUUCUGCACUAUUCACAAGGUCGAUAGACAUUUGGUAUUCGAUCAGCUGCUACCUUCGCGGAUGUUCUUUAAUUUGUAGUUUCCGUUUGUAUUAAAUGUUGUUUGGAUUUUGCUUUUUAAGGAUCAACUUUAUUCAAUACAAUGUAUAUCGGUAUAUGGAUUAAAGUACAAGAAAUAUCAAGUGUAUUGUUACUUUGUUAGAUUCAUAUCAACAAGUACUUCUAAAUAUUGUAGUACUUUUUUAAAUGUUUGUCGAUAUAUGAACGAAAUUGAUUGGUCAUUUACUCA